AUGCGGGGAUCUGGAUGUCUCGAAUUACAGUUGGUUGAUCUUAGUUUACAGUGUGGUUCUCAGUUUACAGUGUGGUUCUCGUUCCAGCUCGAACGAGACUUGGUCGCUAUCCCAUUUCCACACAUCCGGCCCCAUCGCUCUUCGAUAGACCGGCCAUCGACACGUUUCUCGUUCCAGGGCAGAAACGAUCGAUUCGACCUUAACGGCUAUUCCUACCCUGCGAUCCAUUCCUCAUCGCCGUCGUCUCCCGCUACUUGUCAUUCAUCCACAAAGCACAGCUGUCUCCUCCUUACAUCAACCUGCAAACGCCACCAUGGACAUGUCAAGUCUCUUCUCCCCGGACAGCGGCAUUGGCAGCGUGCUGAACGCGCGCCCCUCGGCCCACAUCACAUUCAAAGCCGGCAUUCUCACCCGCGACGAGGCGACCAACGCCGUUACUCCGGACGAGCGCAAGGGCAUCGUCCGGCUGGUAAACGAAGAGAACUUGCUGCACUGGCAAUGGCGUCCGCGCAACUCGUCCACCAUCGAACACGAUCUCAUCCUCUUCCCGCCGGACAACGAGCUGAAGCUGGUCACGUCCGCCCCCGCCUCGGCCCGCGUCUAUGUCCUCAAGUGGCGCGGCGAGUCGCAGAGGUUCUUCAUUUGGAUGCAGGGGAAGGAUGCGUCCAGGGACGAGGCCAUCGUCGCCCAGGUUAACAACAUCCUCACCAAUGGGCUAGAUAAUGCACAGGUAUAGUUCACCCCGCAUCCUCGCUUGCUUGUACAUACUGUUCAAACUCAACCAAAGGUUGCUAUUCGAAGCCCUUUCAUCGAGUCAGUAAACUUCUCGUUGUCCGU